AUGCAGUCGAACCGGUUGUCGUCUUGGGCUGGUGACGACUGUUGUCAAUGGUCCGGAGUUGUCUGCGACAACUUCACUGGCCAUGUCCUUGAGAUCCACCUUCCUAAUAAUUAUAGUGAUGCUGAUUGUCAUUAUAAUGGAAAACAUUUUGAAUAUGACGAUUGCUGGAGUUAUUACCAGUUAGGAGGUAAAAUAAAUCCUUCUUUGCUCGAUUUGAAGCACCUCCGUUAUCUGGACUUGAGCCAUAUUUAUUUUGGAGGGAUUCGUCUUCCUAGCUUCAUUGGCUCUAUUGGAAAUUUGAGGUACCUCAACCUGUCUACUGCCGGAUUCAGUGGAGCCAUUCCUCAUCAACUAGGAAAUCUCACCAUGAUACGUUUUCUGGACUUGAGCGGGAAUUAUUUUGGAGGGAUUCGCAUGUCUGAUGCCGGAUUCAACGGAGCCAUUCCUCAUCAACUAGGAAAUCUCACCAUGUUACGUUAUCUGGACUUGAGCUGGAAUUAUUUUAGAGGGAUUCACAUUCCUAGCUUCAUUGGUUCUAUUGGAAAUUUGAGGUAUCUUGACCUGAAUUAUGCCGGAUUCAGCGGAGCCAUUCCUCAUCAACUAGGGAAUCUCACCAUGGUACGUUAUCUGGACUUGAGCGGGAAUUCUUUUGAAAAAAAACUACGAGGUGAUAAUUUACACUGGGUUUCAAGUCUUCUUUCAUUACAACACCUUGAUAUGUCAUGGGUAAACCUUAGCGAAGCAGUGGAUUGGGUAGAGGUGAUAAGCACGCUUCCUUCUUUGGUAGAAUUGCGCUUAACUGUAUGUGAUCUCAAAUAUUCUUCUCCUUCAACUACCAUUAACUUUACAUCACUACAUAUCCUUGACCUUUCAGAUAACUAUUUUGGACCUUCUACACCUGAGUGGAUUUUUAGUUUGAAUCAUCUAGUUUCCCUAGAUAUCAGUUCAUGUUUUCAUGGCCCAAUUCCCAAUGGUAUUCAAAACAUGACUUCUCUCAAAGAGUUUUAUGCUUCGGCAAAUAAUCUGAAUUCAUCAUUGCCCAAGUGGUUGUUCAACCUCAGAGACCUCGUUUCUCUAGGCUUAGGCUUCAAUGAGUUGCAGGGACAAAUUCCAAUUGGCCUUCUAAACAUGAGUAGUCUUAGAGAUCUAGAUUUGUCCUACAAUUUUUUCACUUCCUUGCCAAAUGGGUUGUUGUCUAGUCUUCGAGUCAGUCAUUCUCAGUUUCAAUAA